AUGGGGCAGUGGAGGCCAAUCGUACUGGCGCUGGCCGUACUGGCUUGGAGCGGCGUCGUGGUGGCAGGGUGUCCAUGCGAAGAUGCUUCUUUGUGUCAGCCCUUGAAGCUGGGGCCUCGGAAGGAAGUGUUUGGGUUCGGUUCGAGCCAGGCGGCUUGGACCGAGUAUCGACUGGAUGUGCUCACCACCAUCGCUUGGAACACAAACAAGACGCUCCUGUGCGAGGCCCAUCGCGCAAAUGUGCGGGUGGUAGCCAAGGCCAUCAACGUGAAUGAAACGGUGUUUUCCGAUGCUGCUACUCAAGCUGCAUGGAUCGAUGCCACCGUGGCCAUGAUCACCGAAAACUACCUCGAUGGCCUGAAUUUUGACUACGAGAGCCCCAUCAACUUGAGCUCUCCCCAGCGAGCCCAGUAUGUGGCGCUGGUAAAUAAUGCCGCUCGCGCCAUCAAGAAGAUUAAUCCAUUUGCCCAGAUUUCCGUGGAUGUGGCUUGGGGGCCCUAUGACGUCGAUGGACGCAACUACGACUACGUGGGCCUGGCAGCGGCUGCAGACUUGCUUUUCAUCAUGGCCUAUGACACUCGCUCUCAGAUUUACGGCCCCUGCCUGGCUUCGGCCAAUACACCCCUUGGGACGGCGGAGCGCGGCGUGCAGGAAUACCUGGCGCUUGGCAUCCCAGCCAGCAAGCUGGUGCUGGGGUUGCCGUGGUAUGGCUACGAUUAUCCCUGUGUGCCCAACACGCAACUCAAUGACACAUACUGCCCGAUUGCGGCGGUGCCCUUUCAGGGGGCACCAUGCAGUGAUGCGGCCGGUCGCGAGUACGACUGGACCGUAUUUCAAAGACUCUUUCGCAAUGCGUCGGUUGAACAGACGACCGUGCGCCAAGAUGCCCUACUUGUUUCCAAAACCUUCAACUAUGUGAGCGACGAUGGGCUGGUGCACCAGGUCUGGUUUGACGACCAAGCAACGCUCGCCCCCAAGUUUCAGCUGGCGCGUCAGUACGACCUCCUCGGCACCGGCGUCUGGAACAUUGAUUGUCUCUACGAUCCCAGCGCCCCUGCAUCGCAAGCCGGACAGGUCGCUGCCAUGUGGGAGGCCAUGGCCGUCUUUCAACACUAG